GCGGCGCGCGGGGCGGGCGGGAAGCGGGACGGCAGCGGCGGCGCGGGCUGAGGGCGCGGUGCUGUUGCCAUGGAGACGAGCGCGCACCCCUAUUGGCCGCGCUCGCUGGCGUUGCCGGGUUACGUGGCCGGCGCGCGGCCCGGCUGGCAGUGCGCAGGCGCGGUGGCCGUGGCGGCGGCGGCGCUGCUGUGGGCGGGGUGGGCGCUCGGAGGGGGCGGGGCCAAGGGCGGGGCCUCGCGGAGCCCCGCCCGCCGCCUGGUGCUGGGCUGGUUCCUCGUGUGCUCCGGGAUCCACGGGAUCCUGGAGGGAUAUUUCAGCCUCCGGCACCGGGAGCUGCCCGCCGACACCGGGCUGCUGGCGGACGUCUGGAAGGAGUACGCC